AGAUGCAGCAAACUUGAGUUUAUAUAAAUGAGAGGGUCAAGCUCUAUGUCGUGUACGAACCUCUACCCAGCAAGACGAUCGAUUCUCAACAGCGAAGGGGAGUGAGAGAAGGUCAUGGCAGGUAAUUUGUCCGAUAAGCAAGCAGAAGUGUACGCCAAGACGAGACCGACUUACCCUAGGGAGCUGUAUGAGAAGCUAGCUGCUCUCACCCCUGGGCACGCCUUGGCUUGGGAUGUCGGCACGGGCAACGGCCAGGCAGCGAUCGGAGUAGCUCAACACUACGAGCGAGUGAUCGCGACAGACGUGAGCGAAUCCCAGCUGAAGCAUGCGAUGCCACACCCACGAGUUCAAUACAUUCACACACCCCUGUCCCUCUCCGACGAAGAACUAGUGACAAUGUUAGGGGGCAAGAACUCAAUCGACUUGAUCACAGUGGCUCAAGCCGUUCAUUGGUUCGACCUCCCGAAGUUCUACUCCCUCGUGGACCGGCUUCUGCGCAAGCCAGGAGGCCUAGUGGCUGUCUGGGCCUACCAGGGGUUCAAAGUGAGCCCAACCUUCGAUCCAAUCCUAAAACGAUUUAUCGACACGGUUAUGCCUUAUUGCAACCCGAAUUCUCAAUACGUGUUCAACCAGUACAAGACGCUCCCAUUUCCUUUCGAGAGCGUGGGUCUGGGCUCUGAGGGGAACCCAUAUAUGAUGGAGCUGCACAAGGAGAUCUCGUUCAAUGGGCUCGUGCAGUUACUGAAGUCGGUGCCAGCGGUCACCACAGCAAAAGAACAUGGCAUUGAUCUGUUGUCCAAGGAGGUCAUGGAGGAGUUCGAGCGGGAUUGGGGCGGACCCACGCUAGUGAAGUCCGUCGUGUGUGAGAUUUUUAUGCUAACGGGAAGAGCGAGGAUGUAACUCCAUCGCGAUGGUGGGGAAGGGCCACAAGUUCCAUCAUGCUCCUAUGCUUCAAUAUUUAGUUGUACUCGGGAUGCUUUCUUCUACGAAGCUAUCUUAAUGAGUAUAACAAUGAUGUCAAUAUCUAUAGCUCUCUAUACUAUAUAUAAAAGCAUGAGGUGUUUCUUCAAUUUUUAUUAUUCCAAAAAUAACCAUGUACCUUUGUGAUUUUCCGUUACACCCUUUCGACACUACUAAAAAUACCGGGGUUACCGA